UAUGCAUCCUCCUCUUCACAAUUUCUUGACAAAAAUGUCUUCAUUUUGACAUUUUAAGUGUCUACUCUUUUAGCCUUUACUAGUAUAGCAUAUGACUUAUGCAAGAAAGUUGCAAACUUUCUUUUUACUACAAAAGCCCACAACCUCAAUUUUGUUUCUUUUCAUGUAAAAAAAAGACUCCAAAUUCACAAAAGAUUUCUAUAAGGUGACCAAAGUGAGAAAAGUGAAGAUUUUCACUAGUCAAAAGCCUUAAAGCUAUAAUCUUUAUUGGCUAAAUCUUAUAUUAUAUGUAAUAGAAUCACAUUUUUAGCAGUCUGUAACUAUGUUCAGACACUGUUAGCUGCAAAUAAUGACUUUGUGGGUAAUGCUUGGUUUUUCCUCAUGUGAAAGGUGACAAGUUUAGUUUUUGGAGUCUAAUUGGUGCUUUUCUGUGAGGUUCUGCUACUCUGAAUCAGCUAUCAAAGAGCCCAUCUGGAGAUGUGGUUUGAAGGUGGUGGAGACAGUAAAAUGAUGGGGUUGAGAGUGAUUGCAACACACAAGCGUUCAAAGAGCCAUGGCAGCUUCCCUGCUAAGAAAAGACUUGAAGAAGAUGGAAUAGACUGUUCCGCUGAUGCAUCACACCGCAUAAAGCUGGAUAUGGGCCAGUUAAAGGACUCUGUCAAAACCAAUAAGAAACAUUCUUCUAAGACUGUGGUUCAAAAUUCUUUGAAGGAAGAGAUACUGCAGCUUGAGACACGCUUACAAGAUCAGUUUAAGGUCCGUCAUGCCCUCGAAAAUGCACUGGGCUAUAGGACUUCAUCCAAUGACAAUGCAUCUGAUAUACCAAUGCCUAAGCCAGCUACAGAAUUAAUUAAGGAAAUUGCGGUAUUAGAGUUGGAAGUUGUAUAUUUGGAACAAUAUCUUCUCUCCUUGUACCGUACAGCUUUCGAUCAACAAAUAUCAUCAGUUUCUCCAUCUAGAAAUAAUGAAAGACCAAAAUCACCUGUAACAACCCCAAGAGUGAGGCGUCCAGAUGUUCCCAGAUUGAAUAUAACAUCCAAGAUGGAAAAUUCAUCGACGCAACCUGCUUGCCAGUCGCAUGAAAAUCCUUGGAAGGAAACGACAGGUGUUGGAGUAGAAGACAAGCUAGUAGAUUCUAGUGUUCAUCGUUGUCACUCUACUCUAUCACAACGGUCAGCGUUUCCAACUAGAGCUUCUCCACCAGAGGAGUCUUUUGGAAGAGCUGUACGAGCCUGCCACUCACAGCCAUUGUCCAUGAUGGAGUAUGCUCAGAAUGCAUCGAACAUCAUCAGUCUGGCUGAGCAUCUUGGAACACGCAUUUCUGAUCAUGUUCCAGAGUCACCUAAUAAGCUUUCUGAGGAUAUGAUCAAAUGCAUGUCAGCAAUAUUUUGCAAACUUUCUGACCCACCUUUGACACAUAAUGGCCUUUCAUCUCCCAAUUCAUCUUUGUCAUCAAUUAGUGCAUAUUCCCCACAAGAUCAAAGUGAGUUGUGGAGUCCCGGAUUCAGGAAUAAUUCAUCGUUUGAUGUACGGCUGGAUAACCCAUUCCUUGUUGAAGGACUAAAAGAAUUUAGCGGACCUUACAGUACAAUGGUCGAGGUUCCAUGGAUUUACAGAGAUAGUCAGAAGUUGGGAGAUGUCGAACACUUGCUACAAAAUUUUAGGUCACUUGUCUGCCGGUUAGAAGAUGUUGAUCCAAGGAAGCUGACACAUGAGGAGAAGCUGGCUUUCUGGAUUAACAUACAUAAUGUAUUAGUGAUGCAUGCAUUUCUUGCUUAUGGGAUUCCACAGAACAAUGUAAAGAGACUUUUUUUACUCUUGAAGGCUGCUUAUAACAUUGGAGGUCAUACAAUCAGUGCAGAUACAAUCCAGAUUUCCAUCCUCGGAUGCCGGAUGUCUCGUCCAGGACAGUGGCUUAGAUUAUUACUUCCAUCAAAGUCGAAGUUUAAGACCGGAGAUGAACGACAAGCAUAUGCAAUUGAACAUCCGGAACCCCUUUUGCAUUUUGCACUCUGUUCAGGAAGCCAUUCUGAUCCCGCGGUUCGUGUCUACACACCAAAGAGAGUAAUUCACGAUCUUGAAGCUGCAAAAGAAGAGUAUAUUCGGGCUACUUUUGGUGUGCGUAAGGAUCAGAAAAUCCUACUUCCAAAGAUUGUUGAAACAUAUACAAAAGAUGCUGGUUUAUGUCAGGUUGGUCUUAUUGAAAUGAUUCAACAAACUUUGCCAGAAUCUUUAAGGAAAAGUAUUAAGAAAUGUCGGCUAGGAAAAUCGCGUAAGAGCAUUGAAUGGAUUCCUCACAGUUUUACGUUUCGGUAUCUGAUAUCUAAAGAUCUGAUAAGAUAAAUUGCUAAUAACUUUCAUAACACUACUUGAGCUGAUUUGCAUUGUUCUCAAGCAGAUUUUUUUGUUUGUUUCGAGAUUCUAUAGUUUCCUUGUACAAAGUAGAAGAUGAAGUUAGAUAUAUUUAGGAUAGAACGAUGCGAUGUUUUGCUAUUGUAUAAUUCAAUCUCCAGUAUGUUACAUAAUACAUUGUUCAUGGAAGUAUUUAUGAAAUCUGUAAUGCUGAAAAGAAAUGAAAUUUGUGUAUUGAGCACUGUACAUAUAUUAUAUGUGUUCAUUGUU